AGUUGCGCCUGGCGCUGAGUGCGUCCCGCAGCCUGGCUGGCGGAGCUGAGAAAGCGGCGAAGAGAGGGGGCGAGCUUUGAAACUCAUCAGCGCAACAAACCUGCCCGCGAUCCCAGCGUGAAGCGGAGCAAGCGGGAGAGACAAGCGCCGGGCACAAGCGUUACAGAAUCAUUGGAAAAGUGCAAAGACUGCCUUGCGAACUGACAAAUCGGACAGACCUAACGCCGCAGGCAAAACCGACCUCAACGUUUUGCAUCGGGAGAGAGGGAGAGAACACACGUUAGCAGGUAAGAGCACAAGUUUGAAGUUCAGACGUUAUACAAGGUAUUAAUACUUUGGUGGAUAAAUCCUUGCAUUCUUGCUUUGAAGCACAGCUCUGAAUGGUUGCGAUGGUCUGUCUUCCCGUUCCUGAGUGACUGAAUUGGAGGGAAUUUCACAGAGUCUUUGACCAACGCAGCAGAUUGGCAGCAGGCGGCCAGCAGAGUUGGCAGGCUGAUCACAGAGUUCCCCGGAGCGCCUGAUUAACUGCACCGUGUACCUCGGCCGGGCUAAAGGCAGUGAGCAGUGGGAGCUGCAGAGGGCACCCAAAUACCAGGGCGAUGGUUGUGUUGGCUGGCGUAGGGUGGCAGAUUGCUGUGACCCAGUUUGUGCUGCUCUCUCUACACACCGGAGGUAACUGUUUGGACAACAUGCUUCUACGAAGUACGGGCAAGCUGAGUGUGGAAAACAAGGGGGAGUAUGGAGACAGCACAGUGUCAACGCCUCCUCAGAGGGAUCUGUGGUGCCACUGCCACCACCAUUGUCCUGAAGAGUCUGUGAACAACACCUGCAAAACAGAUGGCUACUGUUUCACCAUCAUGGAGGAAGGAGACUCUGGAGGGCACGUCAUCACCUCUGGAUGUCUGGGCAAAGAGGGCUCGGACUUCCAGUGCCGGGACACACCCAAGUCAUCGCAACGGAGAGCGAUCGAGUGUUGCACAGACCGAGAUUUCUGCAAUCGAGAUCUACACCCCACCCUUCCACCCCAGGACAGCAUAGAUUAUGUGGACGGAAGUACUCAUCACAUGGCCCUGCUCAUCUCUGUCACGGUCUGCUGUAUCAUCCUGGUCCUUCUCAUCACCUUCUGCUACUUCAGGUAUAAGAGGCAGGAGGAAAGGCCACGAUACAACAUGGGCAUUGAGCAAGAUGAGACUUUCAUUCCUGCAGGUGAAUCCCUCAAGGACCUCAUUGAACAGUCACAGAGCUCGGGCAGUGGUUCCGGGCUCCCUCUGCUGGUACAAAGAACAAUUGCUAAGCAGAUCCAGAUGGUGAAGCAGAUUGGGAAGGGCCGUUAUGGUGAAGUGUGGAUGGGAAGGUGGCGCGGAGAGAAGGUGGCUGUGAAAGUUUUCUUCACCAUGGAGGAGGCCAGCUGGUUCAGGGAGACGGAGAUCUAUCAGACCGUGCUCAUGAGGCACGACAACAUCCUGGGUUUUAUUGCUGCCGAUAUCAAGGGGACGGGGUCGUGGACACAGUUGUACCUGAUCACGGAUUACCACGAGAACGGCUCGCUCUAUGACUAUUUAAAAUCUACCACUCUCGAUACGAAAGCCAUGCUGAAGCUGGCUUACUCCACUGUAAGUGGACUGUGUCACCUGCACACCGAGAUCUUUGGCACGCAGGGGAAGCCGGCCAUCGCCCACCGCGACCUGAAAAGCAAGAACAUCCUGGUGAAGAAGAAUGGGAUGUGCUGCAUCGCAGACCUGGGGCUGGCCGUUAAAUUCAUCAGUGACACUAAUGAAGUAGAUAUACCCCUCAACACCAGGGUAGGCACCAAGCGCUACAUGGCUCCAGAGGUUUUGGAUGAGAGCCUCAACCGCAAUCAUUUCCAGUCGUACAUCAUGGCGGACAUGUACAGUUUUGGUCUGAUCCUGUGGGAGAUAGCGCGACGCUGCGUGUCUGUAGGUAUUGUUGAGGAAUACCAGCUACCUUACCAUGAGUUGGUGCCCAAUGACCCAACCUUUGAAGACAUGAGGGAAGUUGUAUGUAUCAAGCGGCUCAGGCCUUCGUUCCCCAAUAGAUGGACCAGUGAUGAGUGCCUGAGGCAAAUGGGGAAAGUCAUGACCGAAUGCUGGGCUCACAACCCAGCCUCCCGACUGACAGCCCUGCGAGUGAAGAAGACCUUGGCUAAGAUGUCCGAGUCUCAAGACAUAAAGCUCUGAUGCCUCCACCAGCCACCUCCCAGGAUACCAGCUCCGUCCCAGAAGGAGCCGCGGGCAGCGCCCGGCCCACCGCAGCUGGGGGGAGGAGCAUGACCUCCACCUUUUUCAAACCUCUUUCCUUCUCGUUGUCUCGAAUCACAUCGCCGUUGACUCGUUGCCACGGCGAGGGAGAACUGCACUGCCCAAAUCACCGGCAACAUCCCCACGGGCAUCCACGGGUUAUAAAUUUCAUUUCUGUUUUUGCUUGCGUCUAUUGUGAGAAGCAACAGCUAUUCAGAGUUCAACGCAUUGGAGGUUGCAUGCCUGCUUUCUAUGAAAGCUCCUAAUGUCAAUUU